AUGAAUAUCUUUCUCGAUAAAUAUGGAACUGAUACAACCACAAACUUUCAACUUAUGAGAUGGGCAAAUGAGUUAAAUCUACCACUGUUUUAUUAUUGUAUGAGAGAUGAAAUAAAUGAUCUCAAAUAUAAGAAAGAUGAUAAGAUUACAAAGCAAAAAUUUGAUGUUCAACAAUUAAUAGAUAACAUUCCAGAUGAAAAUGAAGAUACAUUUCAACAGGAAUUAAAUGCUCUGGAAACUAAACUUAACAGAGAAUUACAAAAAGAACUAACAAAUAUUAAACAACAAUUACAGAACAUUGAUGAUAGCGAAAUCAAAACCUAUAUUCAACAACAAAUACAAAAUAUCGAUGAUAGCAAAAUUAAAACCUUUAUUCAACAACAAAUACAAAAUAUUGAUGAUACUGUUAUUCAACAACAGAUAACCACUAUUAAUAAUGAAGUUUUAAAACAGGAAAAAAAUAUAACGUCAUAA